AUGGCAGCACCGCCCCCAAACUGGGCAAUCGAUAUUGGAUCCUCGCUGAUCUCCAUCGGCACGCAUAGUCUUUACACCUCUAUUGACGGGCCACCCCGCAAGCCGCAAGACCCAUUGGUCAUCGUUAUCGCCGGCGCUGGUGAUGUUACGACCUCCUACACAGCCCUCUCACCGCUAGUAACUCCCUUCUAUCGCGUCCUACUAUACGAUCGAUCCGGACUCGGUCGUAGUGAGCCGGGUCCUUCGGCUUCCCCGCAGAGAUCGACGGCCGUUACUGCUGCAGAGGAACUACACAGCCUUCUGGAAGCACUGAAGCUCAAUCCUCCUCUGGUUCUAGUUGCUCACUCCUACGGGGCCAUCGUUGCCCGAGAGUAUCUCCACUUGCAUGACGAUGACGUCCUCGGUAUUGUGCUCCUUGACGGUUCCACUGAGCGACAGUGUGACUAUUUUCGUCUCCCGGACCCCGAUAUCAAUGCUGUUUUAGGCGAUCUGAAAGUGGCGCAGGUGACUGGGCUACGAGUGGAUGCAAAACUAUCGCGAGACAGGUGGAGAGAACGUGCCAUCGAUAUCUCGCGAGGCGCUGUCGCUGCCCAGGCGGAGGCUGAUUUGCUCGGAUCUGUUUGUCGAACGCUUGCGGAGAAGAAGCAGUUUCAGACUCAGGCGAUGGGAAACCGCCCUGUGAGCGUGAUUCGCUGUGAGAGUGCCCGGGACUACGAGCGCCUCUACGAGGCGGGAGUCGAGGCAGGCAAUGGGACGAUUGAACAGAGACAGGCGUUUCGAACCCUCCUGGACCGGUGGCCAUUGAUUGACCGGGAUCUCAAGGAAGAGCAGCUGAAGCUCUCAUCGAAUACCCAUCUCGUGUAUCUCCCUGACUGUGGCCAUAACGUUCAUUUGAUCAGGCCGGAUGUUGUGGCGGAAGAGGUUCGAUGGGUGGUGGACCACUCCCAGGGAUUCGGACGCGACGAGCUGAAGCUUUGA